AUGGAAAAUCUUUUAGCUUCUCUCGGUAAUUGCACAGAUGAAGAGAGGAGACAUAUCGAAGAAUUCUUCCAGGAAAAGUAUUCAGAUCCAUGCUUUGGCCCCGAUCUGUAUGAAAUUUUACUUCAUAAUAUUGACAAUGAUUCAAUUCAAUAUUAUGGAAUCGCUGCACUAAAAAAUUGGAAGAAAAAUGCAUGGAAGGCCCUAAAUGUUGACACAAAAGUAUCAUUCAUUCAACAAAUUAAUAUUAUUGACUUUAUUUCAAGAAAAAUCUUCAAUAUAUUCAUAGAAUUUUACUAUUCACUACUUUCGGACAUUAACUCCGUUGAUUUUAUAAAUGAAAGACUUGAAUUUUUUGUAAAUUCUUUUGAUCUGAAAUCAAUUCAAGAAGAAACAGAAAUAACUAGUGUACUAAUAGCAUUCAAAUGCUUUGCAGAAGCUAUUAUUAACUUAAAAUCGUACAAUGAACAAAUACUUUCAAUUGCAGAACAAAUUUUGUCUCAAAUUGAUAGAAUAAACACACCGCAAGGAUGUGUUAUACUUGAACUAGCAUUAACAAUUGUAUGCGAUACAAUUUUUUCUCAACAAACGAUUCCUGAUGAAAUUUCCCAAAUCAAAGAUUUAUUCAUAGCUUUAUUCGAUUCAUUCCUUCAAAUACAGAUACACUCAGACAAAUUAUCGCAUUUAAUGUCGAAAAUUACCUCUUAUAUCAAGAAAAUAGCUGAAGACACAGAAAAAUAUAAAUAUGACGAAGAAUGGGGUAAUUCUAUUGCAGAAAGACUCUGGAAUUCGAUAAUUAAGGCAUAUCAAGAGAUGGGACCGGCCCAUAUCACUUGUAAAUUCGUGAGAUGUUUGACGAAAUUUUCAGAUUUAGUUGAAUUUCCACUGAAUAUCUUUGAAGAAAUCCUUCAAAUGUCAGCUAUAUCUCAAUCUUUUAUUGCAGAGACCGUAAAUAACCCGCAAUUAUUUGCUUCUGCCGUAUAUUCCACGCAUAAUUACUCAAAUCAUGGACUUAGACCUGCCCUUUUAGAAUUUGUGUACGCAUGGACAUCUUCUAUGUCUGAUGAGGAUUUGAUCUGUGUACUCGAUGGCCUGCCAAUAUCAGAAGAAGGCAUAACUUUGGCAGCCGUAAUUUCAGCUUCAAUCAAGAACGAUAGAAAAUUUAAUUUACAACAAAAUUUAAUGUCACUUUUCUUGAAAAUUACGAAAGGUCUUCAAGAAGCAAAAAUACCUUUUAUUAUGUCAUCUUAUCUGUUUUUGAUGACGAAAAUCAUUCCUUUUUGUAAUUUAGACACAAUUCAGAUCUUAUUCCGUUUUAUUCCAUUCCCUUUAUGCGGCAAGAUGUAUUUUAUGGACGAAUUGAUUUCAAAGUUCUUCAAAAACAUCUUGAAAUACUAUCCUGACUACGAUUUGUCGAAUUUCUUAGAAUUUAUUCUUCAAUCUACACUUUCCAUAAAUACAAGAUCAGGAUGGAAAGUUUUAAUGAUGCUAGUUGAAAGAAAAGAUGAAAAUACUUUGAAUUUGAUAUCAGAACACUUUCAUUUGAUAAUCGAAAAAUUAAUUGGAUUUCUUGACUAUCCAAUUGAUUACUCAGAUUCAGUAUCGGUUUCCAUAUCAUUUCUGAUUGAAUUUUUGGAGAAUUUAGGAGAGAUUGAUGAAAAUUCUGCAGAAUUAAUUUUCGGAUUGAUCCAAAACUUAGCAAAGUGCGAUAUUUCUGAUACUUUACUGCUAUCAUCGGCACUUAUGACCCUAUAUCCCUCUUCAAUUGAAAAUAUUUUGAGUUUAAUUUUUGAAAUAUUCAAUGAAAAUCCAGAAAGCAUUAAUUAUGUAGAUGACUUAGCAAUCUGUAUAUCAGAAAGUGUAUCUGAUAUAAUUUCACAAGGAUUUUCCCAAGAAAUAUUCAAUUUUAUCCUUAAUUUAAUCAACAUUGAUCAAAUUGAUGAAAUAUCUCUUUGUUAUGCAAUAUGGAUUGUAUGCAUACUAUUUAGAAAUGAUAAUUCAAUAGAUAUAGAGAAUUGUCAAAUAAUAUUUGAAAAAUUAUCAUUGUAUCAAAAUAAUAAGUCUAUAAUAGAAGUUACAUUUGUUGAAUUCUUAGUCUCUUUAAUUCUAUUUAGAGAUUUUACAGAAAUUGAUAAUUAUUUGCAAAGAUGGAUUUCAGCGAUCGAACAAAGAUCAUUUUGUCAUCUAUCUAUUUUGGAAAUGUGUAUCGAAGCAUUUAAUAAGCUAGGAAUCUCACAAAACGAUGAAAUUCAGAAAAUAAUUUCUGAAAUCCAAUCAAAUCCUUCCGAUUUCAUUAACAAAAAGAAAUUUGGAAACAACUAUGUAUCGGACUACUUGAAAAUUCAUCAUGUUAACAUAGAAGAAAAUUCAUAA